AAACUAAAAGAGAGGAAGAGGAGAGGAUUAGGAUGCAGGAAAAAGCGGGAAAAGAGAGGAAGGAAAAGGAGGCUCAGGAGCUGGAGAAAAGGGGGUUAACAGGAGACGCAGAAGAACAGGAGAAGAAAGAAAAUCAAACAAAAGAUGGACAGAGCAAAAGUCCUGAAGAAGUUACAUCUACUAAUCCAUUUGAAGAAAACUUUUCAAAUAAUCCCUUUGAGAGUCCAGACUCAGCUGCUGCAGCGUCGAGUGUCCAGCAAAGAUGUCAAUCUCCUGAGCCAUCAGCGGGAAGCACAGCCAUUUCCGCGGAUGAAAAGGCCGUUAUUAGGACUCAACGGGAGAAGCGACAAGCUCCUCAGCCUCCAGGAAGAAAUCAAGCUGAGAGACGCAGUCAGAGUGAGCUAGACGCAUCUACACAACAUCUGGCACAAAUUAACAGGCCAAGUAAAGAAAAAGAUGUCAAAACUGCUAGUGUUCUCCCACAGCGCUUGCUGCAGCUGAAUGCUCUUCUGAGUAGGUCUUCCAAAGAUACAAAGAACAACCAGAGCUUGACGCAAAGUAGCACCACCAAAGAAACAACAACAACAGCAGCCAAACACACUAAACGACCUGCGCCGUCUAGACCUCGCUCUGCGGAAGAGGAGCCGUUCCCUGAACAGAAAACAUCUCAUGGACGUGUCUCGGAGGCAAAACAAGUCCCUGUUGUUUACGGUUUAAAUCCAUUUGACGACGAUGUAGAUGAAAAUGAGCUCACAGCCCAAGAUGAUAUAACAGCCUCUAGUAACACUGGCUCAAUACUCUGGCCUCCAGCUGUGUCACAAACUCAUGAUAAAGAUGACGUCUCGCAAACAAAAAUCAAAUCGUCAAAGAUAGCCCGUGCACCCCUGCCUCCUGCAAAGACAGCCACCACAUCAAGCACUUUAAACAAACAAAACACUGACGGAGUCUGUGUUACAGAUGAUACGCAUGUGACUGCACCUGAUAACAGUGCAACACAAGAAUGUGAUCCAGAGCCAAAAGCCAUACACCCUGUGCCUGUCCAGGAGAGUCCGCUACAAGAGCCUGUGACAGUGCUGCGUGCUGGAGAGGAGACAGGUGGGAAGAAGGAAGGGCCUGUUGCAACUCCACGCAGGCUUCAACCUGUAAAACCCCUUAAUCCUAUGGAACAGCAGUCUGUCUCAGCCGCUCAAGUGGAAAAAGAUAACAAAUCCCCAGAAAUCCUUCGUGACGUUCAGGAGAACACAAAGGUCAGUGACACCAAGGUGAAGGGGCCAUACUCCCAGCUGACUCAGGCAGAGCUCAUCUCUCUGGUGCUGAAACAGGAGAACCAGCUGGUGGAGAGGGACAGUAAGAUAUCAGAGCUGGAGCACUACAUUGACAACUUACUUGUGCGUGUCAUGGAGGAGAAACCAAGUAUUCUCAUGUCCUUGAACUCUCUGAAGAAAACGGUGUAGGUGGAUUCAAGGCUGAGACUUUAUUUCUGCUUUAUCAGGCCCAGAACCAAUAGUCUGACUUUAUUCAUGACUGUAAAAUCCUCACUAUAAUACUUGUGGAUUACAAGGUAACUGGAAUAAAAAUUUAGAUUUACAAAGUUUGGACAUUUAAAAGGCAAAUAAUGAUAAAGAUUAAAAUAUGUAUUAUAAAAGAAAUCUUGCACUGGGGGGAUUCUGUCAGCUCACAAUCAAAGAUGUUAAUGAGUACAAAGAUUUUUUUUUCUAAAUAUUCAGUAAUAUUUUUGUUACUUUGCUACUUUGAAACAAUCUCUUGUGUAUUUGUAAUAAUUAUUUUCAUGUUGAGCACAAUAAGCUUAAUUGCUGUAUUUAAUAAAAAAACAAAAAAUGCAUAUGGUUUGUCUCCUAUAGGCUGUAGGCAUCAUGUCCACUGGUGAUAUCUCCAGUAUACAUGAGCCUUACUUUACUGUUAAAAAUAUGCACUAGUUCUGUAGAUGUCUCUUGCUCUUGUACUGAAUGUCAAAAGUUUACAUGAUUCUACUAACCCCCAAAAAGGCACUUUAUUCAGCUUUCACUAUCAAUGUGAUAUACGCACUGAAUUGCUGUAUUGUACUGAGGUCUCUGCUUUAUGGUAUUACAAUAUGCAAAAUAAAUGAGCAAUUGAAUUAACAA